AAUGUGUAGUUCAUAUCGGUAAAUACCACUGUCUCUCAACUCUGAAUUUUGGAACUCUUCGUGACCAGAAAAGGGCGAGGAAAUGGAAACAAACUACAGAUCGUUUAUUUUAAGGAUAGCAGAAAAUAUCACAAAAGAAAAGCUGGAACAAAUGAAAUACUUAUGCAUGGAUUUUAUUUCAGAAGGAAAACUUGAGACGAUCACUUCUCCCUUGCAACUCUUUAAAGAGCUUGAAAGGCUCAAAAUGAUGGACAUUGACAAUCUAUCAUUUUUAAGGGAACUUUUAGAGAACGUCACGUGUUUAGAGCUGGUACGGAGACUAAACGACUUUAUUUUACAACGAAAUCUCUGCCUAGAGGAACAAAGAAAACAGCUAAGAUAUGGCAAAGACCUCUGCGAUGCAGUAGUCAAAUGUUUAGUGAUGGGAGAAAGCAGAGGGGAUCAGCCUCUUAGUCGCACAGAAGCAUUGAAGACGUCGGGUGGAAGGCAGGUGGAUGAAGAGGAGCUCAGGUUACAGAAUAGAUGUCCUUGUGUAGUUCAUUGUCCUCCAAAUGAAAGAGAGCCAAGAGAAAUUUCUCUUCAUGUUGCUGUUAAGUUGGCCUCAAAAGGUGCUUGGUUUGCUGGAACAUUCUUUAUCCUCAAGAGGUACAUAAAUGAUCCUGUGACUCUUGCUGGCUUGUUUGCAUCAGUGGUCCUUCCAUCAGGAGUAAUGAUAAAGUAUCUUUGUGAAGGUUCUAUCAUUUGUGUGUUAGAAGCAACUCAUCUGCCAGGGCUACAGGAAUUGUGGCUAAAUUAUCAAAGUGGCAAGCUUCUAGAAGCUUUGGAAGAGGUUUUGAUCACAGAGGAACUGAAAGCACUAGCAGAUGGCCAAGAGAUAACAAUGAGUGUAACUCUAGAUGAGAAUAUUUACCGCGAAGUAUGUUUGGAACUCAUGGUUGUUAAACAAAAGGUUGAUCAAACUUUUGGAAAUGUUCAACAGAGACCACGCAGUUUAUCUGACAGUCAGAUUAAUUUCUUUCAAAAACCUUGGACCACCUCCCAAGAAAAGAGCUUACACAUUUUGGCUAAAGCAGAGAGAUCACGACGCAAGAGGGCUGAAAAAAAAUUGGUGAACAUGCUAGCUUAUCAAUCUUUUGAAGCUGAUUUCCAAUCUGAGUUCAGUCUCUUAAUUGGUGAGAAAGGCCAAGAGACAGAUGGUGAUGAAAGUUCAUCAGUGACCAGCAGUACCACAGAAGAGGAGCUCCUUGAUUUUGAAGAAGCAAAUAAUGAACUGUCUGACUUCUGGUCAUCCAUAAAAGGUGGUCCGAAAGAAAAGAGUUGGAAGGACUUUGAAGGUGCUGUCAAGGGAUCAUAUUCGGAAUACCUACAGCAUGAAGGAAUUGCUUUGUUAAAAUUUCUUAUGUAUGUCCUCAUGGGCAAAUAUGAAAAAAAGGAAUCUGCACCUGUCUACCGCCAUAACUUCAUAAGACUCUCAGUGUGGUUUGGAUCUCCCAAUGAAGGAAUGCAAGGCUGCCUAAAGAAGAUGCUCCAUCUGAUGAAGAACUCAGUUUCUGUUGAUGCUGAUGGUAAAGGAACAAAGUAAAUAUAGUUAAUAGUUAAUUUUACUGGUACCUUAAAUUAGUUUAGGUUUGGAUCACCAAAC